AUGGAAGGGAUCGUGAAAAAUUUGACCGUCAUUCGAACGGCGCACUCGUCGGUUCGUAUAAUCCCUGCAAAUUUAACCGGUAUCCUAAAACCGUUCUCGACCGACUACUUCUUAUAUUGGGGCUCGAUAACCACGCCUAUAAAUAUACACAAUAUUCUUUGGAUAAUUUGUAGAGAGCCAAUUGGACUAACGACUAGACAAAUUGCAGAGUUUCGCACUUUGAACGAUGAAAAAGGCGUGCCUCUUCUGUCGAACAUUCGGCCUUUAAAACCAAGGCAAGAGAAGAGCGUUUUUCACGUGUCUCCAUCUGGAUCGCUCUACGCAUCUCUUUUACCGCUUCCACGAGUUAUACCAUUAACUUUUGCGACUCUUGAAACCAAAAUUUCCGAAUCUCAUGUAAGCGAGACUAUGACCGAAACUAGCGUCAGUGUCAUCGAAAAUAAUAUUCUCUAA